UUCGGCUUCGUGCACAUGGAAAACGAAGAUCAGGGCCGCGAGGCGAUCCAGCAUCUGAACGGGUACGUGAUCGGCGGGCAGCCGAUCAAGGUGGAGGCGGCCAGGAGCCGCCGGGCCCCAAACGCCAACACGACGAAAAUCUUCGUCGGCAACCUGACGGACAAAACGCGCGCCCCGCAAGUUCGCGAGCUGUUUCAGAAGUUCGGUUCCGUCGUCGAGUGCGAUAUCGUGCGCAACUACGGCUUCGUGCACCUUGACCCCACCGGGGACGUGAACGAAGCGAUCCGGGAACUGAACGGGAUGAUGGUGGACGGCCAGCCGAUGAAGGUGCAGGUGUCCACCAGUCGCGUCCGGCCGAAGCCGGGUAUGGGCGAUCCGGAACAGUGCUACCGGUGCGGUCGGGCCGGCCACUGGUCGAAGGAGUGCCCGCGUCUGAUCUGGGCCGAACGAGGCUUCCGCGAGCGCAGCAUGUACGCCCGGGAUCCGUACCCACCGCCACCGCCGCCGCCGUUCCUUCGCGAUCGUAUCAUGGACGGAUUUAGGGACCCAUUCGAUUACUAUGACCGCUACGAUGAUCCGCGCGAUCUGUUCGAGCGCCGGUACGGUAUCCGUGGCCGUGACUUUCCCGCCAUAAGACGUGAACCGAUGCCACCGAUUCCACCGCUAAUGCGACGCAGCGUCACCGAAAGUACGCGUGCGAGCACCAACACGUACGAUGCGAUCUUCAGUCGUCGAACGCCACCACCGGCCAGUCGGAACGGUAGCACCGGUACCAUCAGUCGUUUUGGCGUCUACGAGGACUUCAGCCGAGACUCCUUUGAUGAUCGUCGAGGACUGCGUGGCCCUUCGCCGACUCACCGGUACGCGCCGUACUGAGACGGGUUGAACUAGGCCCGUUCGCGCGGGAUUUCAAAUUGUGGGGGGAUGUGCGCGCCGGGCAUUCGAAGGAGUUAUUCUUCUUCCCUUCGAUCCGAGCGAUUGAAGCCAACGGAUUGCGAAAUGGGUGUGCGCUGAUUGGGUACUAGGCAUGUAUUUGAAUUGAAACGACAACAGGAAUGGGGUUUAAAACACACUCACACAUCAUUAUCUAUCGGUCCCGAAGUGCAGCUCCUGGGGCCGGUUCUGGUUGGCUGCAAGGUUGUACUUACAGCUGUUCAAAACUGUAAAAUGUUUAGGAAUGAAAGGCAACGAGAAACAUUUCCUUGUUAUUAUCUUUGACCGAACGACGAUACUUCAUCGAAACAAUUUGAAGACACCGUUCGAUCUAUUGUAUACAUAAAGAAAGUCAUCGUGAUCCUGUAUUGAGCGAGAGAUUACGUCGGAGGAAUAUCCUCCGAGUUUAGGGCGCGUGAAGAACUCAUGCUGAAGGAAUUCAGUACCUAUAUUCUUAUGUUUUGGUUUUUUUUAACGCCUACAACGCACACGCCAAUGAUUUUUUAAUUUUCCCAAUUUAAUUUUUAUUCUUUUACGGUCGGAUUAGCCUAACUUUAAUCAAGCGGGCACGUUCCGUUGCGAUAUGCAUUUUAUCGCGUAACAUCGUGUACUAGUAAUUUAUGUGUCUUUUUACUUUUUCCGCGUGCUGCCCCAUCCUUAUGCGUCAUCUCAUAUCUCAAACGUAAACGAUAGGACAUAAGACGCCCCGGUAUAGGUUAAGCUACUGCAGUAGCAUCAGUCUGUUUUUUGUGUGUUCUCUUCGCAUGCAUGCUAUGCGUGGCUGUCGGUGAAAUGGUUCUUCCAUUGCAAAAAAAAACCAUAGUACGGCAAGCUUUUUUAGUUUAGUUCCUCGAUUCGAAGCCUGUUUUUUCUCGUAUACUUUUUUUGUGAUUAGAAAACGCGCAAGAUGAUAUGGUAUCGAUAACUCUACGCUAUCUACCGAUAUGUCCGGGAUGGAAUCAUAAACAAAGUUUUAUAUACGCAAUGCAAUUCAAGCUAAACGGAUCCACAGCCGAAUUAAAAUUGUAACAUGUAUUGUAAGCUACAACAAAAA